UUAGGCUAGGUGUUGAUUAUGUUGAGGAUAAAACUUGGUUUUAUCAUUUGGCUACAUGCGACAUGUUUAUAAACGACUCGCAUAUGAACACCAUAUUCUAUUACCUUCGGAAAAAAGGUAAAUAUUCUUCCGCUGUGACGUUGAAUUUUGCAACUACUGAUUGUCUCUUUGAUGAUUCCAUCCAAGCUUUGUACCACAAAUAUAACAAAGCCAAGUCAAUGAAGACUAAGAUGUCACACAUUCACGCUGCCCACCCAAUAGCGCAUUACAUCCGAGGUAUGCGCAUUCCUUGUUCCAAGCCUUGGUAUGAAGCCGAUCAUGUGUUAUUCAUCAUCAAUCUAAGAAGGGAAAGUCAUUGGGUGUUUGGUCGUCUUGACUUGAAUGAAGGGAUUCUGUUUCUGUAUAAUUCUUUGAGGACUGCGAAAAUGAAUGCUGCGGCUAGGAAUGCCAUGAAGGCUUAUUCUGUGUUGCUGCCUUUGUUUUUCGAUUUACUUGGUCUCUGGAAGAAUAGGUCACAUGCUCCUGCUUCAGGUUCUGACCCUACAGCUCCCUUAAGAAUCGUGGAGAUUAGUGGUCUGUCGUCUCAGCAGAAAAAGUGA